AUGUUGACAGAGUCAGAGCACUUACCUUGGUUGGUAUUAUACUUCGUGGCUGGGGCGAUCGUGCUGCAGAAGGUUUUCGCAGUAGUAUAUCGAAUCUUUCUCCAUCCGCUGGCCAAGGUUCCUGGCCCAUUACUCGCGCGCGCAACUUAUCUCUAUUCUUUCUGGUACAAUUUAAAUGGGGCGCGGUUCUAUCUGCAGAUUGAAAAGUUGCACCGGCAAUACGGUCCUAUCGUUCGCAUCACCCCCAACGAGGUUCACCUGAGUGAUCCUACCUCCUGCGACAAGAUCUACUUUGUCGGCUCGCCGUUCGGCAAGAGCGCCUUGUUCUAUGGAGCUUUCGGCACAGAGCACGCGACCUUCACGACCCCAAGCCCGGAGGUGCACCGUGUAAAGCGGGCCGCGCUCAACCCGUUCUUUUCGCGCAAGAAUGUAUUCCUGCUGGAGGAUAUCGUGCAUCAGAAGGCGCAUAAGCUGGUGGCCCGCAUGCGAAAGGCUUUCGCUACCGGUGGUGCCAUUGACCUCCACUACGGCUUCCGCGCCAUCUCGGUCGACGUUAUCACGGACUACGCGUUUGAUCGAUGCUCGAACCAUUUAGAUGAGGAGAAGUUUGGCGUGGAGUUCUUCAAAAUGGUCAAGGAGUUUGGACCCGCCGUUUGGUUUUUCCAGCAGUUUCCGGCUGUGCAGCCGUUUGCGCUGGCGACGCCGUUAUGGCUGGCAAAUCUGAUGAGUGGUCCGCUAACUAGGAUGAUGAUGCACCAAGAGGGCUCCCGCCAUCAUAUUCUACAGGUGAAGGACGCGGUCGAUAGGGGAGAGAAACCUCAGCGUACCACCAUUUUCCACCGGCUUCUGUCUCCCAAUGCGGCGGAAGGGCAUGUGGUGCCCACCGUUGAUCAACUUAAAGACGAAGCGUUUGUUAUCGUGGCGGCGGCCGCGGAUACCACUGGAAACGCCCUGACCAUCUCGACGUACAAUGUCGUGCGAAAUCCCGAUAUCUAUGCGAAAUUGACAGCUGAGUUGAAGGCGGCAUUUCCGGAUCCCGAAGCGCGGUUGGACUUUGUUACUCUGGAAAAGCUGCCGUAUCUGACGGGCAUUAUUAAGGAGGGUCUACGCCUAUCCUUCGGUGUUGUCGGCCGUCUCCCACGAGUGGUCCCAGACACCGGCGCAGAAUUCCACGGCUACCAUGUUCCCCAAGGGACAACGGUCAGCAUGAGCUCGUGGAUCAUGCACCACAACGAGGAUCUGUUCCCGGAUGCGGAGAAAUUCGACCCAACUCGUUGGACAGAUCCUGAGCAGUGUAAGACGAUGGAGCGAUACUUGUUUUCAUUUGGCAAGGGAUCGCGCCAAUGUGUCGGGAUGCCACUGGCCUACUGCGAGCUGUAUGUGACGCUUGGUCAGAUAUUCCGACAAUUCGACAGUUUGAAGACACCGGGCAAGAGCCGUGAGGAGAUGCUAUAUGAUGAUUACUUCUCAUCGUACCACCCUGAGAAGUACAACCAGUUCUUGUUUACGUCUAACGAUUAG